CCAGAAACCGCUUUCUGCUCGCAGCGUUUACAUGAGUCAGGGUGUGAGCCUGCCUGCGACGAGCGUUUUUGUGCCUUUGCCGCAUCACACGUUCCUCCACUCGCAUGUAAACGGAACAGGCGUGUGCGUUUUAUUUGUACUCGCUUUUCCCCCCACAGAAAAAAAAAAGGACUCUCACAAAAGCAACGUGAACUUGGUUGCAACAUCAACUGCUGUAGAUCGGAGAAGGUCUUCUGCGUGGAUUAGGUCGCAUCUGCCCAGCAGCUUCGCUGGGUAAGAUCAUGCACUGUGAAGACAUGAGCAGACUAAGGAGGAUGUGAAGAUGUCCCAGACUACUGCUAAAACAUGGUGCCUUAGGCUUCUCCCAAUUCUCGUGCUCUUCAUCUCCGUUGUCACAUACUACUACUCCUACAUCGUACUCCGGAGGUAUGGCAGUUCCAGUAAGAUUCUGAGCAGUAGCAAGUCGCUGUGUGGAGGCUGGCUAACUCAAAAAAAGUGGGAGAGCCUUAACUUUAACAUCAGCAGACAGACGCAACUUUUUCUGAAAAUGAAGGAUUUCUUCUGGCAGGAGCAUAUGUCCAAGCUGCCUUUACCUUACGGCAUUAAAGGCAGUGAGUUGCUGCUACUCAAAGUUCUUGCUAUUUCUUCCAAUUACCAUGUGCCAGCCAAAAUUGAAAACCUUGAGUGCAGAACCUGUGCAGUUAUUGGCAAUGGAUUUGUCAUUAAAAACAGCUCCUUGGGAAGCAUCAUCAAUAAAUAUGAUGUUGUCAUUAGGUUGAAUGAUGCUCCUGUAAGAGGCUAUGAGGAGGAUGUAGGAAACAAGACCACCAUGAGGUUCUUCUACCCUGAGUCCGCCUCCUACAACCCUGCGCUGCAUAACGACCCGGACACACUCAUGGUCCUAGUGCCUUUCAAACAACAAGACCUACGCUGGCUCAAAGAGAUAAUCUAUAAUGAAAAAAGGGUUAGGAAAGGUUUCUGGAAACCCCCUCCCCAAAUCUGGUUGGGUGAUGUAAGCAAAAUCCGAGUGCUGGACCCCCAUUUUCUGCACCAGACGGCAGAUAAACUUCUCAAGAUUCUUUUUCAAAAGGGAAAACAGAUUUCUGUUCACCCUACUACUGGCAUCCUUGCUGUCUAUGUUGCACUCAACUACUGUGAUGUGGUCCACAUCGCUGGAUUUGGAUAUCCCAGUUCAAAUAAUCCGCGGCAACCCAUCCACUACUAUGGAUACGACACUAUGAAAUCCAUGAAGAAUUCCUACCAUGAUCUCAACCAUGAAGCCAAAGCCUUAAAAAAGCUGGAGGAUUCGGGAGCCAUUCUUUACUUACACCCACAUUUAUAACACUUUUCCCAUUUUUGAUAACAUUUAUCACAAAUAUAGAUCUUUGGAUCUUAAUUUGACAAAGUGCCUUUUGGGAAUCUUGAGUUUGCACUCUAAAUCUCUCUAUGAUAUUUUGCCUAUUAAAGGUUUCACUCAGGCUCUGUAUUUUGCAUAUUUUUUAACUUGCAUGACAAUCUUUAACUCUGGAAACAACUUAAUUGUGUGGGAGUCCUUUGUAUCAGAAGGUACACCGUUGAUCUGUUACAUUGUUCUCAGUUCUUGCAGUGGACUGGAUUAGUUCAGGCCGUAUUGUUAGGAACGACCUUUACAAACCUCAUCUGAGGAUUUGUUAUAUUCAUGGUCUGGUCCUAGUCUCACUGUAAAGUUUAAAACUGUGUGAAUCUGUGAUUUCAUCUUCUGAGAACAAAAAUGAGUAUUUCAGUGCAACUGUGUGUUUGGGGUAUAUGGGGAUUCACAUUCAGUUACUUCUUUUGGUUAAACUGCUCACACUUGACAAAAUUAACGUCACUUCUCUUUCCCGUUAUUUCAAUGAGUAAUACCAGCUGCAGUUGGCUUCUUUGUCAUGUGGUGAUUUAUUGUAAUUUAUUUAGUUCAGAGAAAAAGGCUCCACUGGAUUUUUUUUUCUUUGGUAUGUACAAAUUUUGUGCAUUUGCAAAUAAAAGCAUGGUUGAAUGAAAU